CUGGUAACCAAACAGAGGAUUGCGUUCCACUCUGAGUGCUUUACAAGUUGGAUAUGCCAUUGCUGGAAGUUUUCAAUUCGAGAGUUUCUCUUUGAACAGCCAUAGACAGUUUGGAUUGCAGAGAGGCUUCUUAGCAGCAAAGAGGAAGAUGGAAAAUAUCACAGCAAGUGAACUGGCAGGGUUUGGAGUGGGAACACUGCUCUUGUGUGCCACUAUUGCUGCCCCAAGAGUUGACUCUUUCAUCUCUGCUUCCCAACGGAGGUCUCUCGGUAUGUGCAAGAAAUGUGGUGAUCUGAAAAUGAUAGCAUGCUCAAAAUGUAAAGGGGUUGGAUCAGUGAAAGCAGGUGCACCAUUCAGUUUCAACCUUGUGGAUGACUUGUAUCAAUCAUUUUGGGGUGAUGAAUCAAAGGUUAGAUCCACAGCGUGCCCCAGUUGUCAAGGAAGAGGUCAUUUUUCUUGCUCCAAUUGCUCUAAAUUACCAUAAGAUUUGAUUCUCUUAAAUGUUUCUUCUCCUAAACCUACUUGUAGCUUGCUUUUAUGUAUUUGUUCAGACGUAUUCAUGUAGCCCAUAAAAACAUUGUAACACUGCUCAGAGGCCAUAAGGCUUUUAUGGUUGUGUGGUGUAUUUUUGUACCUUAGUGAGUGAUAUUCUCUUUAAACCCCUACCCGAGUGAAAUUCUCACAAAAUCAAAUGGAAAUUCACUUUGAUUGGAUGAA